AUGUUCGACAAGUCGAAAGUGGAUUAUUCGCUGUAUUUGGUAACGGAUUCGACCAUGUUGCCGCCCGGCACGACACUGGUGUCGCAAGUACAUGCUGCGUUGCAAAAUGGUGUCACUUUGGUGCAAUUGCGUGAAAAGGAAACCGAUACCAAGGUUUUUGUCCAACAAGCUCUGCAAGUUCAGAAAUUGUGUCGUGAGUUCAAUGUUCCUUUGAUCAUUAAUGACCGGGUGGAUGUGGCACUUGCAAUUGAAGCUGACGGUGUCCAUGUUGGCCAGGGCGAUAUGCCCAUCCCAAUGGUUCGUCAGUUGCUUGGCCCUGACAAAAUCAUAGGCUGGAGUGUGGGCUACGAGCACGAAGUGCAGCAACUGGCAGAUAUGGGACCUCAAGCUGUUGAUUACGUGGGUUUGGGAAUGGUUUUCCCCACCAAUACCAAAAAAAAUCCCAAGAAAACUCCCAUGGGUCCCAGAGGCGUCUCCAAGCUACUGGACGCUUUGCAGAAUACGAAAGCUACCUGGUGCAGGACUGUGGCGAUAGGUGGUCUGCACCCAAACAACAUUCCUCGCGUCUUGUAUCAAAUGUGCUCUGAAGAUGGGAAAAGAAGUGUAGACGGCAUCUCUGUGGUCAGCGACAUUAUGGCCUCUCCACAAGCAGGAGAAGCUACAAGAAGACUCCGCAAUUUGAUCGACGCAGAAUGCUACUCUUUUGUUGACGGUGUUGGCACGAAUGUCGAAGCCUGCACCAGCACAGUCGACGAGGCCUGUAUUGAGUCCACCAAAUUGAAUUCGCCCUUGAUUCACCACAUCACCAACAAAGUGCACCAAAAUUUCGGUGCAAACGUAGCACUAGCUCUUGGUUCCUCACCUAUCAUGUCGGAAGUCGAGCCCGAAUUUGUCGAGCUGUCCCAAGUGCCCCACGCUACCCUAUUGUUGAAUACGGGUUCGGUUGCUCCUUUGGAAACUUUGAGCAGCGCCGUCCGUGCAUACAAUACAGCUCAAAGGCCCAUCGUAUUGGACCCUGUGGGUUUCAGUGCGACGUCUACUCGUUUGGAAUUGAACAGCUAUUUGCUGGCACAAGGUCAGUUUGCCUGUAUCAAGGGAAACGCUGGUGAAAUACUAUCGCUGGCAGAUAUGAAUCUGGGUAAAAUGAGAGGUGUGGAUUCCGGCGAUGCAGGAUCCGAUAUUUCAAUUAUUGUAGCAGCUACGAGGCUCGUUGCCUUCAGAUACCGCUGUGUUGCCGUAUGCACAGGCAAAAUCGACGUUGUGGCCAAUGGGCUGAACUUGGGAAAAUUCAAGUUAAGUAAUGGUUGCGCCAUGGUUCCUUCUCAACUUCCGGCUUACAAGGUGGAAUGCGGGGACAUCGCCGUAAUGGAAAAGAUUACUGCUAGUGGCUGCUCUUUAGGAACAACGAUAGCUUGUUUGGUGGGCGGUAUUACUGAUCAACAGAAUGUAUUCUCUGCGGUGCUGACAGCAGUUCGGUUGUAUAAGUCAGCGGGUUAUGCUGCCGCUUCGGCUUGUGAAGGGAGUGGUAGCUUCCAGGUCAAAUUGAUAGACGCUCUUGACAGCCUGCUUACAAAAAACCAGCCCAGUCUGUGGAAAGCAACCGUCUCUUCGAUUUAA